UAUCCGAUAUUUUUCCUCUUGUUCGCAUGAUUCUGGAACCUGCAAACAAAACAAUUUUCAACAUUCUCUCUCUUCUCUCUCUUUGGAACCUUCCUCCUUCUGUGGAAAAACCUAAUCCAAUAUUUAAUUCGCUUCUCGUUGGUUUUGGGUUUUCUUCAAUCAUUCAUUCAUCCAAACCUUGAAGGAACAAGGAGAGAGAAAGAAAGAAUUUCAAUUUUAAGGGUUAGGGUUAAAGAUUAAGUGGAGAGAGAAUUUCAUUUAUUUUUUCUGAAAUUGAUGCAAAUUUUGGGUUUUGUGGGUUAUUUAUAAAUCAAAUCAAGGAAAAAGAUUUGAUUUUUUCAUCUGGGUGUGUGAGAAAUGAUGAUGGAUUUGGAUUUGGGGGUUUCUGAUGAGAUGUUAGGGACUUUUGCUCCACUUUUAGUUUAUUGGAUUUAUUCUGGUUUUUAUGUUGUUUUGGGGUUGUUUGCUGAAGAUUAUAGGUUACAUACAAAACAAGAUGAGGAUGAUAAGAAUUUGGUUUCUAAGUUUGAUGUUGUUAAAGGUGUUCUUCUUCAACAAGCUGUUCAAGCUGUGGUUGCAACCCUUUUGUUUGCAGUGACAGGAAGUGAUAGCCAAAGUAGUACCAAUGAGAAUACUUCUCUCCUUGUUUUAGCAAGACAAUUUAUUACUGCAAUGUUGGUAAUGGACACAUGGCAAUACUUUAUGCACAGAUACAUGCAUCAGAACAAGUUCCUAUACAAACACAUUCACUCUCUACAUCACAGACUCAUUGUACCCUAUUCGUUUGGAGCUCUAUACAAUCAUCCCAUUGAGGGGCUUCUUCUCGACACAAUCGGCGGAGCUUUAUCUUUCCUCCUAUCUGGUAUGAGUCCUCGAGCAUCCAUUUUUUUCUUCUCCUUUGCCACCAUUAAAACUGUGGAUGACCACUGUGGGUUAUGGCUUCCUGGGAAUCUAUUCCAUAUGUUUUUCAAUAACAAUUCUGCUUACCACGACGUACACCAUCAACUGUACGGAAACAAGUACAACUUCUCGCAACCGUUCUUUGUUAUGUGGGACAAAAUCUUGGGUACCCACAUGCCAUACUCGUUAGAGAAGAGAGCUAGUGGUGGUUUUGAAUCUAGACCUUGUAAAGCUUACAAGGAUGAAUGAGUAAUUAAUAUGAGUAAUUAAUCUUUUUGCUUGAUGAGUAUUUUUAAUGUGUACCAGUAUUGUUUUUUUUUUCUUCCCACGUUAUGAUGACGAGCACCGAGAGUGAUCAUGCCUGUAUAUACAUUACAUAUGAUGUGUCCUAUUCUAUUGAAGUGUUCGGAACCACGUCGAAACCACUCUCCGGCAUGGAAGCUAGGACUGUUAGCUAUUAUAUGGCUGUGCGUUUGAUGUAUCUCGCCCGUGGUAACAAAGAUACACAAUAUUUUUCUUUCUCUUAUGUUCAUAUUAGAUAGUUUUAAUAAAGAAUAUUGAGGAGAAACCUAUGCAAUCUUUGAUACUAUCAUAGUCCUUUAUUUGUUUUGCAGACUUUGUAUUGCAUCUCUCAUUCUGUUUUCUAGAAAGAUCAAUUUAUGUCCAAAGAUUUAUUGUUGAAUUUGAUUAUUGUAAUGGUAAAUUGAUAGCUGGUUCUAGUUAUGUAUUGUGACGCUUAUAAUCAUUUAUGAUUUAAUGUGAUGGAUAUGUGUAUGUAUAAUGUACAAUGUAUCCACCAAUCAUUUGUAUUCUA